AUGUACCACCACCGCCCCGGGCCGGGCCGCAAGGUCGCCAUGGUCUGCGACGACAACGGCGACGGCGUCUACUGGACCGGCUACGUCCGGAACGUGAAGGCCCCGAAGGCCAAGGCCGGCCGGCAGCUCACGCUGCCCCAGCUGCUGACGCUCGCCAAGGACGAGGUCGUCGCGCGCAAGGACGCGGAGAUCGCUGGGCUGCGCGAGGAGCUCGCCGCGCUCAAGGGCGACGGCAGCGACAUGACGGGCCUGCCGGCCGUGCUGCGCGACUUCACGCCGCUCGCGAUGGUCGACGACGUCGCGGCGAUCGCCGACGGGCCCGAGCUCGAUUGGUAUUAA